CCUAUAUAUCGAUUUAAUAGUAAUUCAUAACAGGCCGGUUUUCCCAGGCACUUACUUUUGGUUUUCCGGUUGUCAUAGUCUGAAGUCUUUGCCAUCGCAUUUGCUGUCCUUGCCGCUGGUGCUGUAAUAUUGACACUGAAUGUUUUGCUUCCGGUAAGCAUCUCAUGUAUCGCAUCCACCUCAUUUUGGCAUAAGCUUUACGACCCUUUACAAAUCUGUUUCAUGUUUAUUAACAGGGAGGACAAAUCAUUUUCUUUCAAAGUUUGAGUCUUCUCGGCUACUGUCUCUUUCCUCUAGACAUCGGAGCGCUAAUUUGCUUGCUGAAAAACAAUGUCAUGAUCAAAAUGAUUGUCGUCUCAGUAACUUUGGCAUGGAGCUCAUGGGCAGCAUAUCCCUUCAUGAGCGCUGCUGUUAAUCCGAGAAGAAAAGCUUUGGCUCUUUAUCCUGUUUUCCUCAUGUCUAUUUCAGUUGGCUUCUUGAUCAUUGCAAUAGAUUAAGCCAUCAAUCACAUUUUUUUUUCUCCUGUACCAUGUUGUCUUUCAUAUGGCUUCAUGUAUUCAUAUGAAGGUUUAUUGCUUUUUUGAAUCGUCUCCUAGUUUUAGAGCUGCAAUUUUGUCCUUUGAAUUUGUUACAUCUUUAUCUUGUCUAACAAUAAUAGUAAAUAAAACAAGAUUUAAUGCAGGAAUCAGCGUCACCGUUGAACCUCCGAUCUCUCAUGGUAUUCAUUCUCCUCGCCACGGCAUCAGCCAGUCUCGAUCUCAAUCCCUGUAUAUAUGCAUACACCUCCAAUUCAACACAGCAACACACACUCCAUUAAUCCCUAUGGCAACACACCUCUUCUUCCUCUCUGCUUCUUUGUCUUCUUCACAUCCCUCUCGAGGUCUCUCACCGGCAGCAUCGCCAUCUACUGGGCCCAGAACCGCAAUGAGGGCACCCUCGCUGCCACCUGCGCCUCCGGCAUCUAUCGCUUCAUUAACGUUGCCUUCCUCUCCUCCUUCGACAACAGCCAGACACCCAUUCUCAACCUCGCUGGCCAUUGCGACCCAUCCUCCGACGGAUGCACCAGUCUCAGCGCUGACAUUUUCAAGUGCCAUAGCCUCGGCAUCAAGGUGCUGCUCUCCAUCGGCGGUGGUCCCGGAAGCUAUGGCCUUUCCUCAGCCAACGAAGCCAGGGAAGUCGCCUCCUACAUCUGGAACAACUUCCUCAGCGGCUCCUCCUGCCCGCUCGGAGAGGUGGCAUUGAACGGCGUCGACUUCGACAUCAACGGCAGCGGCAGCCAGUACUGGGAUCUCCUCGCCAGGUAUCAAAUCAAAUCUCUCAUGAAAGUUCAAUUUUUUUUACUUUGUCAAUGUUUAUGAUCCUUUAUUUUAUCAUAGAAAUUCUAUAUUAGUAGAUAUCUCAAGAACUAUAGCAAGCAUGAGAAGUGGGUCUACCUGAGCGUCGCCCCUCAAUGUCCCUUCCCUGACUUAUGGCUCGGCGAUGCCCUCAAAACCGGUCUCUUUGACUUCAUUUGGGAUCAA